AUGCCCCCAAUCGUGUCCAGACUAGCGACUGUCUUCCCAGCCGACCAAAUGGUCGAACUGCUGAAGCACAUAGACGAGAAUGUGCGGCAGAUAGUCUCCACCAUGCGGGAACAAGGAGCCGAGGUUCGAGGGAAGGUGGUAGUCCUGCUCGAAAAGUAUUUGGAAUUGCUCUCCGGGGCUCUGCGUGAAUGUAUGCUCUUCAGGAACUUCAUUGAGAUGUUAAGGAAGAAUCUUGAAGGGAUUGAGAAUAUCCUUACCCUUGUGAGAGACGGUACUGUCAGUGAGGUCCUGGCAGACCUUAGUCUGAAAAAGUACCUGCCAAGUUUCCAGAAGGAAGACCUGAAUUUUGCCUACCAGCUGAUGAGGGCUGACUUCGAUGUAGAGCAGGUCCAUCUGCCCACCCAAGCGGCCAAGGAGGCACUGCAUGACCGCAUCCAGGAGUACCGCGUUGAUCUCAGUACGAUAAAGGAUCGUAUUGGGGAGGUGAAAGGCGAGGGGGAGAAGUGCUCAAAAUCCUGUCAGGAGAUCACGAAGCAGUUCAAGGCAUUCCUUGAAGAGAUUAAGGAGACACAGGAGAGCAUCAGCAGUCUACUGGGACAACAUCGUAACCGAGAAACAGGGAUUUUAGUCGCAUCCCUCGCGGCCCUGGGAAUUUCUGUUGCAUUUCUUACAGCAUGUGUAGGAAGUGCCGCGACAGCUUGCUGUGCGGUGUUUCUUGAAUCGGUGGCCAAGGUCAUUCCAGCUGAGGUGGCAGGGGGGUUCGCCAUUACCAGCGGUGUGGCUUCUGUGGGCGCAGGUAUAGCAGCAUGGGGUCUACACAAAAACAAGCAAGGUUAG